GCUGCGGCGGGCGCGUGCGCGUCGCCACGCCGGGCGUUUCAAAACUCCUGGGGCCCGGACGGAGCGGCGUGAGGGCUGCGUGAGCUUCUUGGGAGCCGGCGACGGUCAAGCUGUCUGUCGGCUGGAGUGGACUCCUCCUCUCGCGGGAUCCGGGUCCCGGCUCCACGCCCGGGAGACCUGACGCCCCACCGGCGGGGGUCGCCAUGGUUCACUUCUUGCACCCGGGCCUGUCGCCCCGGACCAUCGUCCCUCCUGACGCACAGAAGGAUGCGCUGGGUUGCUGUGUGGUGCAGGAGGAGGCAUCUCCCUACUCUUUGGUCAACAUCUGCCUGAACGUCCUGAUCGCUAACCUAGAGAAAUUGUGUUCUGAAAGAUCUGACGGAACCUUGUGUCUUCCGGAGCAUUGGAGUUUCCCUCAGGAAGUAGCUGAUCGAUUCCUUGGGGUAAUGACAUGGCAAGGCAAGCUGACUGAUAGAACAGCAAGCAUUUUCCAAGGCAACCAAAUGAAACUGAAGCUGGUCAAUAUUCAAAAAGCUAAAAUCUCGGCAGCUGCAUUCACAAAAGCCUUCUGCCAUCACAAAGUCAUCGAGCUAGAUGCUACUGCAGUGCACACUGACCUCCCAAUUCCAGACAUCGUACAUGCACUCUGCAGCAGUAGCUGGAUCCAGCAAAACCUUCGGUGUCUCCUGUUGGACUCAGCAAGCAUCCCUCGAGAUUCAAGACUGCUAUUCUUUGGUCAGCUCACUGGUCUUCGCAUUUUAAGUGUUUUCAAUGUUUGUUUUCAUAGUGAAGACCUGGCUAAUGUUUCUCAAUUACCAAAACUGGAAAGCUUGGAUAUCUCCAAUACUCUGGUCACUAACAUUUCUGCACUCCUUACCUGUAAGGAUCGACUCAAAUCUCUGACAAUGCACUAUCUGAAAUGUCUGACUAUGACCAAACCACAAAUUCUUGCAGUUAUUAGAGAACUUAAAUGUCUGCUUCACCUUGAUAUUUCUGAUCACAGGCAACUCAAAUCAGAUUUAGCUUUUCAUUUGCUGCAGCAAAAGGAUAUUCUGCCCCAUGUUGUGUCGCUGGAUAUUUCGGGGGGCAGCUGCAUCACCGAUGGAGCUGUAGAACUGUUUGUACGGCAGCGGCCCGCGAUGCAAUUUGUGGGACUGUUGGCUACGGAUGCUGGUUACUCUGACUUCUUUACUGCAAAGCAAGGCUUGAGGGUUGCUGGAGGAGCCAAUAUGAGCCAGAUUUCAGAAGCACUGAGCCGAUACAGGAAUAGGUCAUGUUUUAUGAAGGAAGCUCUCUACAGGCUCUUCACAGAGACAUUUUCAAUGCAGGUAACCAUGCCUGCUAUUUUAAAGCUUGUGGCUGUAGGAAUGAGGAAUCAUCCAUUGGAUUUGCCAGUGCAGUUCACAGCCAGUGCUUGCGCCCUCAACUUAACACGCCAGGGCCUGGCCAGGGGAAUGCCUGUUCGUCUGUUGUCAGAGGUCACCUGUCUGCUUUUCAAGGCUCUGAAAAAUUUCCCCCAUUACCAGCAGUUACAGAAGAAUUGUCUUCUCUCCUUAACUAAUUCCAGGAUUCUUGUGGAUGUUCCAUUUGACAGGUUUGAUGCUGCCAAGUUUGUCAUGAGAUGGCUCUGUAAACAUGAGAACCCCAAGAUGCAGACAAUGGCAGUGAGCAUCACCUCUAUUCUCGCCCUGCAGCUCUCACCUGAGCAAACUGCACAGCUUAAGGAAGAACUCCUCAUGGCAGUUAAGGAACUUCUAGCAAUAGUAAAACAAAAGACUACGGAGAAUUUAGAUGAUGUCACUCUCUUGUUUACUUUGAAAGCACUUUGGAAUCUUACAGAUGAGUCUCCAGCUGCCUGCAGUCACUUUAUAGAAAAUCAAGGAUUGGCAAUCUUCAUCCAAGUCUUGGAGACUUUUUCAGAGUCAGCAAUACAAAGCAAAGUACUCGGUCUUUGGAACAACAUAGCUGAAGUUAGAGAACUCUCUUCCCAGCUGGUGACUGAAGAUGUGGUGAAACAUAUUAGCAGCUUGCUCCAUAGCAAAGAAAUGGAAGUCAGCUAUUUCGCUGCGGGCAUCAUAGCCCACCUGACAUCUGACAAACAGCCCUGGAUGUCCCAUGACCUUCAGAGGACUGCUCUUCUCCAGGAUCUGUAUGCAACCAUCCAGAAUUGGCCAAGUUCAAGUUGUAAGAUGACAGCAUUGGUGACUUACAGAUCCUUCAAGGCAUUUUUCCCACUCCUUGGCAACUUCUCCCAACCAGCAGUUCAGCUCUGGGCACUAUGGGCAGUGUAUCAUGUCUGCAGUAAAAACCCCAGCAAAUACUGCAGAAUGUUAGUUGAAGAAGGAGGACUGCAGCUUUUGCGUGACAUCGAGGAGCACAGUGAGGCAGACCCCCAAGCACAGCAGAUUGCGGCCUCCAUUCUAGAUGACUUCAGAAUGCACUUCAUGAACUAUCAGAGACCCACUCUGCGUUGAAUGCCCUUCUGAACCUACGGGGCUUCGGUGAUGCUCUCUGUUCUCAGUGUCAGGACUCCUGCCUUGCCAGCAACUGAAUGUUGAAACCAGUUGUCAUUGGAGUUUGUGAGUUGGCCACCUCACUGGCCUUUUAUUGUUGAUUUUCUGUAGGCUACAAAAAGGUUGGUUUUGAAUGAUAGCCAUAAUCCCAAACACAAGUUGGAAUCAUUUUGAGAACACCCCUUCAGCUGUUUUGAAAAAUCAAGCCUCACGCCCUGGGAAGACCUGUAAACUUGUGUUACAGCAGCUCUGCCAGUUACUUUUCCUAACCCUGGCCAGUUUCUUAACUGUCAGUUUAUCAGAGGAAGGGGAAAAGAAAGACCUACAGGGAGACUUUGGUAUUUAUAUUAAAUUUCAUGUUUGAAAGAAUAUCCUGAGUUGUUAUUCCUAGUUAUGUGAGGCUAACAGAAAAGUACGUGAAAAAGUUCUGGGAAAUAUAUGAUUAUAAAUGUGUUGUUUAAAAGGCACAGUCUCCAUUGGAGGGAAGGAACAAGAGGGGGGAAAAUUUUUUUUUAAAUAAAUACCAAAGUAUCUUCCACUUGUGGGGUAGAGGGAAGAAAAAUAACUUUUACAAUUUUGGUUAUUCUGCCUCUGGCCUUUCUUCCUCCAACUUUACACAUUAGACUGAGUGAACAUAACAUUCUGUGUAAGUGGGUGUGGUGGUGGAAAAUAGUAGAACUUGGGACUUUGAGUGUUUAGGUGAAGAUUAUAUGGGGACUAUAUAUCUUGAUUCUGUUAGGUUUUGAUUUUAGUGGGAUUGUGACCAAGCCAAGAGGAAGAGGAAGCCAGAAAAAAGACUUUGCUAUAGAUUUCAAGAGUGCUCUUGCCUAACACGGAGGCAAGAAAAAUAGAGGCUUUUGAGAACCAGCCUCAACUGCAGUAUACACUACCAGAAGUUCUGUUUGUGUCCUUUGCAAACCUCCUCUGUGUAAAGAGUAUGAAUUCCUUCCUUAUUACUGACAGCUAACGAAAUGUGUCUUGCCAUUCAUCUGUCCAAAGAACAAAAGUAAAUUCCUUUUUGAUUAGUAGCAUAUUUUCAUACUAGAUAUU